AUGACUGAAAAAUUCUUAAAUAUUUUAAACAGUUCCAACAAUAGCAACUGUUCAAUGUCAUCGGUGGAAUCUGAAAAUGAAGGAUAUUCAUUUUCCAGUAGUACAACAACAUCAAGUGGUUCCAGUUCUUCAAUGACUGGUUCCAAUAAUAAAUUAUUGUUAGAUAGUCUUAUGGACAUUAGUGAUAUUCAACCAUGUCCAGAGUUACCCAACAGUCCAAUUCUAAAAUCAUCAUCAUUCGACACCAAUAUCAAUAUCAAUCUUCAUAAUAAUGAUAAUAUCAGAAAUAAAUUAAUCUUAAAAUCUAGAAAACACUCUUUGAGUGUCUAUAGAAUUGUUUUGUAUUUCAAUUGGCUACUAUCUACUCCUCCAUCCAACGAAGCUGAUCUUUGGUUGAGUAAAGAGAAUGUCUUACUUCUGAAUGCAAUGAUUUUAGGAUAUGGUUCCGUUUAUUUGCACCUCUCCAACUAUAUCAAUAUGUGCUCCCAAGAUUUAUCUAUUUCACCAGAGGAUAUCGAAAAGCACAACAACAAAUGUGAACAAAGAUCCAACAACAUUGUCAACUCACUCCAUGAUUUCCUUUUGAUUUGGCAAGACGAAUUCAAUUUUGAACAAAAGACAUCGAUGCUCGAUGUAAUGCUCCGUGUCAUCCAACAAUACAACAUCGAUUCACCUCAAUUUCCUGCACAUUUAGACCUGACCGUUGAAGAACUCCUUGCCUCUAGAGGAUUAGAUGAAGCCAUCAACAAUGACUUGUGUGACCGUCCAUCAUCCACUAGCUCUUCACAUUUAGACCAACGUUUCCAAGAACAACUUAUGAAGUUCCAACGUGAACAACGUCAAAGCAUCGAUUACUAUCGCCAGUUCAUCAGAAACAAAACCAUCGAAAACAAUCCACCACUCAUUAAUUUUAGAAACAAUCAUUGCUUUGACGAGAUGCUCCAGUUUUUCAAUGGUAAUCUUAUGACAGAGGCAAAGAAAGCGAUCGAGUCGGUUGGCAAACUAGCGUCUGUCAUGGGUCAAUUGCAACCAGAGGGACUUGUUGUGUACGGAAGUGUAAGAGCGCUACUCAAGCUAUUCGAAAGUACAUUUACGCAACUGCUCUACGAUGACAAACAACGAUUGGUUAGAAUCUAUGACCAAAUGUCACAACAGGAUCACACUCUCUAUGAUUAUCCAUUCGCGCAGUGCACAACCACAGUGGAACUAGAGCAAUUCAGACAGCUACUUAAACAACAACUGUUGGAACAGUAUCAACACUACAUUUCGUUACCAAUACAAUGCAAAUCAUCGUACUCCAGUCUUCAGUAUCUAGGUGAGAUCAUCAAGAUUAUUGACAAUCUAAACACACUUCCAUACUAUCAAAAGAUGACUACUACAAAUGAUCAAGAUCAGAUCAACAACAACAACACUCCACCCAAAUCACUUGACCAAUUUGACUUUUACAAUACUCUAAUGCAAUUAUAUUCGGUUAAUUGUAGUGUUGGUGGUGUUUACAAUAGAUCAACAUUUAACUCUACUGGUAGUAAUUUAAGAUGUUUUACCAGUGGCAAUAAUAACAAUCAUUAUAAUGGGAAUGGUGAAUUUAAUCAACAGAGAUCGAGUAGAAUGCCAUUUUUAGUUGGUGGUAUUGGUUGUUUGUUAGGUGGUGCUCUUUCUAUACUUUACUUGGAGGGUGAAGAUAAAAAAGAAAUCAUUAUACCAAAGCAACCAUUAACAUCAAUAAAGAAAACUGGUGAUAAAGAAAGAAUUGUAAUAUUGGGAACUGGAUGGGCAUCACUUGCCUUUAUUAACAAUAUCGAUUUAGAUAAAUAUGAAGUCAUUGUUGUAUCUCCUAGAAAUUAUUUCUUAUUUACACCAAUGUUGACAGCUGCAACCGUGGGAUCAGUUGAAGUUCGAAGCAUUACAGAACCAAUUAGAAGAAUUUUGAAAAGAUUGUCAAAGUGUGGCUCUCAGUUUAUUGAAGCAGAGUGCAUCGAUAUUGUCUACAACGAUAACUACAUUAUCAUCAAGGACGCUAGUACAGACUAUCCAGGUGCUGUGACAAGCUUUCCUCACGUAGAGAUACCCUAUGACAAAUUGGUUAUUGCCGUUGGUAGUAUGCCAAACACAAUGGGUACCAAGGGUGUAACAGAGAACUGUCUGUUCCUAAAGGAGGCUGGCGAUGCUAGAAAGAUUCGAACCAAGAUUAUGGACUGCUUCGAAAGAGCCAACUAUCCAGGUAUCUCUGAGAUUGAACAAAGAAACGCACUACACUUUUUGAUCGUCGGUGCUGGUCCAACUGGUGUUGAAGCUGCUGGUGAAAUCUAUGACUACAUCUAUGACGACCUGGCAAAGAUCUUCCCAAAGGAAAUCAUUGCCAAAUGUCAGAUAUCGUUGAUUCAAUCGGCUGAACAUCUUUUGAACACCUACGAUAAGAAGAUCAUUGACUAUACCGAAAAGGAAUUCCAGAGAUCCAACAUCAAUGCUCUCUUCAGUUCUAGAGUCACCGAAGUCCAGCCAAGAAAAAUAGUUGUCGUCAGCAAAAUCGACAAGCGUUCCUACGAAAUACCAUUCGGUAUGGCAUUAUGGUGUACUGGUGUAGGUCCACGUCCACUCACACAAAAGUUCUGUGAUUCCAUUCCUGAACAAUCAAACAAUCGUGCCAUCUCUACCGAUGUCUAUCUCCGAGCGAUUGGUGUUCCCAAAAAGAAUGUAUAUGCCAUUGGAGAUUGCUCCACUGUCACCCAACAGAAGCUUUUAGAUCAUCUCAAAGAGAUGUUCAAAGAGGCAGAUGAAAAUGGUGACGAUAAGCUGAGCAUCGAUGAGCUGUUACACCUGGUCAAGAAUAACAUUCAGAGAUACCCACAACUUGAACCAUUUGUCAACCGUCUACCACAAGAGUUUGCAGAGUUUGAUGUGAACAAGGAUAAUUUCCUCCAAUUCGAUGAGUUCCAGCAUCUUAUUGAGAAAAUCGAUUCCAAUCUGACAACUCUCCCUGCCACAGCCCAAGUUGCCAAUCAGAUGGGUAUUUAUUUGGCUAAGACAAUGAACAAUAUGACCAAAGACCCCAGUCAAGACUAUCUAGAUCAAAAAAUUCAACCAUUUAGAUAUAAACAUCUUGGAUCAUUUGCUUAUAUCGGUCAUCACAAUGCAGUAGCAGAUAUCCCAGGCAAGUUUUCUGGUGGAGGUUUUGGUGUCUGGUGGGCGUGGAGAGCAAUUUAUCUCGAAAAACAAUUUAGCUUGAAAAACAAAUUUUUGGUAUCACUUGAUUGGUCCAAAACAAUUUUGUUUGGAAGAGAUAUCUCAAGAUUAUAA